AAAAACACAAAACUUAAAAUAAAAGUACGUUAUCCAAUAGUUGCCACGAUAGUGGGAAUUGGGAAACAUGUUGCACAUGCUAGUUUAAAAUAUACAAGCAUAACAAUUAAAUCAAAUAAAUUACUUUUUUUUAUUUAUUUAAAUUCUUCACUUGUUUACUAUACUAUAAAUAGAUGCAAUAUACCAUCCACCAACACACAACCAAACAAAAUCCUUAUCUAUAUACAUACUCAUAAUAAUCAAACUAUGAAGCUUAUUUUUUCACUUUCCCUUUCAUUCCUCCUAUUUUCUUUCAUCACAAAUUUGUCACUAGCUUUUUCAAAUGAUGAUGGUGAGGAAGUAUUGGACAUAAAUGGUAACCCUAUUAUCCCCGGUGGCGAAUACUACAUUUUUCCAUCAAAUCAAGAUCAUCGUAGUGGAGGAUUAAAACUAGAAAUAACUGGUCAUUUAAAAUGUCCGAUUACUGUCAUACAAAAUAAUGUUAUUACUGAGUUACCUGUGAAAUUCUCCGUACCAGGAAUAAGCCUUGGUAAAAUUUUCACAGGUACUCCGAUGGAGAUUGAGUUCACAAAAAAACCAAAUUGUGCAAAAUCAUCGAAAUGGUUGAUAUUUGUUGAUGAAACUCUAUUAGGUUCUGUUGGUAUUGGUAUUCCUGAAAAUUGUUCAGAUAUACGAAAUGGUAACUUUAAUAUUCAAAAAUAUGGAUCUGGAAAUGUUUAUAACCUUAGAUUUUGUGCUAAGGUUAAGGAAUCUCCUACUCCUAUUUGUUUGAAUAUUGGGAGGUAUAAUAAUGGUGGUAAAGAAGGUGGAAAUCGUUUGGUUUUUUGUGAUGGAAAAGGUUAUCCAUUUGUGUUUGUUGAUGCUGCUUCUUAUGAAUCUGGAAUUAUUUUAGAAGUUGCUUGAAACCUAGUAACUUGCUUAUUUGAUCUUUUUUUUCUUUCUUGUUUUCACAAAUAAGGUUUCUAUGCAAUCAUUGUAUGUGUGGAGUGAUUUGUUUCUCAUGCAGUGUGUUAUUUUCUUAAUUAAUAAUUGCACCUGUUUCAUUGGUGUUUAUCAUGUA